AUGGGACCAAUGCAGGAGACAAUAUAUGACUUUUGGAGAAUGGUAUGGCAUGAAAACACAGCCAGCAUAAUCAUGGUUACUAAUCUUGUAGAAGUGGGAAGGGUCAAAUGUUGCAAAUACUGGCCAGAUGAUACAGAGAUCUACAAAGACAUUAAAGUUACCCUAAUAGAAACAGAGCUCCUGGCUGAAUAUGUGAUUCGAACAUUUGCAGUAGAAAAGAGAGGUGCUCAUGAGAUUCGAGAAAUUCGUCAGUUUCACUUCACUGGCUGGCCAGACCAUGGUGUACCGUACCAUGCAACAGGCCUGCUGGGAUUUGUGCGGCAGGUCAAAUCCAAGAGCCCACCAAACGCUGGCCCUCUGGUUGUUCACUGCAGUGCUGGUGCUGGCAGAACCGGGUGCUUCAUUGUUAUUGACAUCAUGCUAGAUAUGGCAGAAAGAGAAGGUGUUGUAGACAUAUACAAUUGCGUGAGAGAGCUUCGAUCUCGGAGAGUUAACAUGGUGCAGACUGAGGAACAGUAUGUAUUCAUCCAUGAUGCUAUCCUGGAAGCCUGUCUUUGUGGGGACACAUCGAUUCCAGCUUCUCAAGUUAGGUCUGUUUACUAUGAAAUGAAUAAACUGGAUCCUCAAACUAACUCCAGCCAGAUCAAAGAGGAAUUUAGGACUUUAAAUAUGGUGACUCCAACACUGCGUGUAGAAGACUGCAGCAUAGCACUUUUACCACGAAAUCAUGAAAAGAAUCGCUGUAUGGAUGUUCUGCCUCCAGACAGAUGCCUGCCUUUCCUCAUAACGAUAGAUGGGGAGAGCAGUAACUACAUUAAUGCUGCACUGAUGGAUAGCUACAAGCAACCAUCAGCUUUUAUAGUUACACAGCAUCCCUUACCAAAUACUGUCAAAGAUUUCUGGAGACUGGUCCUAGAUUAUCACUGCACUUCAAUAGUUAUGCUGAACGAUGUCGAUCCAGCACAACUGUGUCCUCAGUACUGGCCAGAAAAUGGAGUACACCGACACGGUCCUAUUCAGGUGGAGUUUGUAUCAGCUGAUUUAGAAGAAGACAUAAUCAGCCGGAUAUUCCGAAUUUAUAAUGCAGCCAGACCCCAAGAUGGCUAUCGGAUGGUGCAGCAGUUCCAAUUCCUGGGAUGGCCCAUGUACAGAGACACUCCUGUUUCUAAACGCUCCUUCUUGAAGCUCAUCCGCCAAGUGGACAAGUGGCAGGAAGAAUAUAACGGGGGGGAGGGACGCACAGUUGUACAUUGUUUGAAUGGAGGUGGCCGCAGUGGGACAUUUUGUGCAAUCAGUAUUGUUUGUGAAAUGCUUCGACAUCAGAGGGCUGUUGAUGUAUUCCAUGCUGUGAAGACACUGAGGAAUAAUAAGCCUAACAUGGUGGACCUUCUGGAUCAAUACAAAUUCUGCUAUGAAGUGGCUCUGGAAUACUUGAAUUCUGUCUGAUUGCAUAAACAGCACAAAGUUCCUCCUUUCACCACCACAAACAAAGCAAGUCACUUCAUGAUAUCUGUGUAAAAUGAGAUGAAGACUUCUCAAUGUUAUGCUUACACUGCUUUGUAUAAUCGGCUCUUUUUAAGAGCCCAAAAAGAUGUUUAUAAAACUGCUUGCACUGCCCGUUUUACACUAUAAUGCCGCUGCUUGACACCCAUAUGAACGUACACCAAACCACGUGGCAGUUGUUGAACACUGUAUUCAUACAUAGCCAUUGAUGUGGUGAAGCAGCAUAGUCCUAUGGUAAAUAAGAGAGCACAAUUAUAUUCUUAUGAAGGAAUUUGUACUUUUCUGUUACAUUUCAUUGCCUGCGAUUCUCGGUUAUUGUCACAGCCUAGUGUACAUUUCUGUUCUGUGGAGAAUGCUGUCUACUAUUUUGAUAAUAUAUGAUUUUAGUUAUAUUUGUAUUCUAACACGUGCAUAAUAAAUGAAUCAUAUGUAGCUUAUCUGAACUAAUGGAAAGACCUGUACCAAAUCAUGUUAACUUUGUUGAGUUGUAGUUUCUAUCCAUUUUGUACCAUUUCAGAGAGAGAAUCUUGACUGAUAGAAAUACAGCUAGAAAAUGCAAAAUACAGGAUGCUCAGAUUAAUAUAUCCAAAGCUUUUUCAUUUGUUUAUAUUGUAAAUAUUUUUUGAUUUCAUCAAAUUAUUUAUUCAUUAAAAUGAAUUUUUUUGUGAAGCACAGUGAGUGACAAUCAUUUUUAUUAAGCCCUGGAAAUGCUUACUGUAUGAUAGUGUAAACAUUUGUUUACCUUGUAUGGAUUCUCAGCUCAAUAAAUAAUUACAUACAUGAUAAAA